AUGGAUCUUUCAAAGAAGCUGAAUAUAACUGAUGUUGCAUCAGAGUUGAAAGAUAAGAGAGUUUUCAUUAGAGUGGAUAUGAACGUACCAGUAAAGAAUGGACAAGUUACUGACAAAACUAGAAUAAUUGCAAGUAUUCCAACCAUUAAGUAUGCUUUGGACAGUGGAGCUAAAAGCGUAGUUUUGGCUUCUCACUUGGGUAGGCCGGAUGGACAAAGGAAGAUGAAUUAUACCUUGAAUGUAAUAGUUCCAAUUUUAGAAGAAUUGUUGGGUAGAUCAGUCAUUUUUGCAAAGGAUUGUGUAGGUAAAGAGACAGAGGAGAUAUGCAAGGACCCACCAAAGGGAACUGUUAUUUUACUUGAAAACUUGAGAUUUCAUUUAGCAGAGGAGGGGAAGGGAGUCAACGAGAAUGGGGAAAAGGUGAAAGCAAGUUCCGAGGAAAUUGAGAGUUUCAGGAAGUCCUUGAGUUUAUUAGGUGAUAUAUAUGUUAAUGAUGCCUUUGGAACUGCACAUAGAGCACAUAGUUCAAUGGUUGGUGUAGAUUUAACUCCAAAGGUUGCUGGCUUAUUAUUAAAGAAAGAGUUAGAGUAUUUCAGUAAGGCAUUAGAAUCUCCUAUUAGACCAUUUUUGGCAAUUAUGGGAGGAGCAAAGGUUGCUGAUAAAAUUCAGUUGAUUAAGAAUCUACUUUUAAAAGUGGACAGAAUGAUUAUUGGAGGUGGAAUGGCAUUCACUUUCAAAAAGGUUUUGGAUAAUAUGCAGAUUGGUAAAUCUCUCUUUGAUGAAGAAGGAGCCAAAAUUGUUAAGGAGAUUAUGGAUAUUGCUAAGGAAAGAAAUGUUCAAAUUUUAUUACCUAGUGAUUUUGUUAUAGCAGAUAGUUUUUCUGCCGAUGCAAAUGCUAGAAUCAUUAAAGAUACUGAAGGCAUUCCAGAAGAUUGGAUGGGUCUUGAUAUUGGACCAGAAUCUUCUAACUCUUUCAAGGAAUUUAUUCUCUCCUCAAAGACUAUCGUAGCAAAUGGUCCUCCGGGUGUAUUUGAGAUGGAGAAAUUUUCAAAAGGAUCUCGUUCCAUGGUUGAAGCACUUGUUGCAGCAACUGAGUCAGGUUCUAUCACAAUUGUUGGUGGAGGUGAUACGGCAUCUUUGAUUGAGAAAUGUGGAUCAGCCAAUAAAGUAUCUCAUGUUUCCACUGGAGGUGGAGCUUCAUUAGAAUUACUCGAAGGAAAAUUACUUCCUGGUGUUACUUCAUUGUCAUCGAAAUCUUAG